AUGAAGAUUCUUUGUGUGGCCGAGAAGAACUCAAUUGGAAAAGCUGUUGCAAAUAUUUUGGGUGGUGGCCGUGUGAGGACGAGUAACUCAACUUACAAGUAUGUUAAAAACUAUGAGUUUUCAUUCAAUUUCCCACAAUUUGGCAAUUGCAAUGUGGUGAUGACGAGUGUUGCUGGCCAUUUGACAGGUCUUGACUUCCCUGAUAACUAUGCCUGGGGUAAAUGUAAUGCCGGUAAAUUGUUUGAAGCUCCAGUGAAAUUCUCAAUGUCAAAAGAGCAAACUCAAAUUGCCAAAAAUAUAGAAAAUUUGAGUAGAGGUUGUGACAGGUUGAUGAUAUGGACAGAUUGUGACAGGGAAGGUGAAUAUAUUGGAAAAGAAAUAUUGGAUGCAGCAAGAAAGGGUAAUCCAAACCUCACGGUUCAAAAUACUAUGAGGGCUCAAUUUUCACAUCUAGAACGAAAUCAUAUAUUGAAGGCUGCAAGGGAACCAAAACAAUUGGAUGUUAACGCUAUCAGCGCUGUUGGUACCAGACAAGAAUUGGAUUUGAGAACAGGCGCUGCAUUUACAAGAUUUCUUUGUGAUGUUUUCAAGAGAUAUAGAGAUGCUAAAAUGGUGGAUCUUGUUUCUUAUGGAUCUUGCCAAUUUCCAACUUUAGGUUUUGUUGUUGAUAGAUACAAAAGAGUACAAAAUUUUGUGCCCGAGGAAUUUUGGUUCUUGGAUGUGAGUGUUAAAAAAGAUAACAAAACAGUGAGGUUUAGCUGGAAGAAAAGCCGUCUUUUUGAUAGGGUUGCUGCUGUUGUUCUUUACGAGAAUUGCAUGAAAUCGGAUCGAGGAACGAUAACAAAUGUGAAGUCCUCUCCAACCUCAAAAUGGAGACCAUUACCUUUGACAACAGUUGAACUACAAAAAUCAUGCUCAUUGUAUUUCAAAAUGAGUGCCAAAGAGUCUUUAGAAUGUGCGGAAAAGCUAUAUCAAGCCGGGUUUUUAUCCUACCCAAGAACUGAAACUGAUAUUUAUCCAAGAGCUAUGGAUUUAAAAGCACUGAUUGAAAAACAGAAAGAUGAUACUGAAUGGGGUACGUAUGCUCAAGGGCUUUUGAACGAUGACAAGUUUCAAACUCCGCGUGCCGGUAGACACAAUGAUGAAGCCCAUCCACCAAUUCAUCCUGUUAAUCAUGUUAAUUUGGGACCAGGAUGUACUUUAAAGGCUAAUGAAAAGAAAGUUUAUGAGUUUGUUGUGCGACACUUUUUAGCGUCUUGCUCAAAAGAUGCAAAAGGUUCUUCAACAAAUGUUGAAAUGAUAUGGGGGUCAGAAACUUUUAAUGCUUCUGGUUUACAUGUUCUCGAAACCAACUAUCUUGAUGUUUAUAAAUAUCAAACAUGGAAAUCCACUAAUGAAUUACCGAAGUUUGAAAUGAAUGAAACCGUGAAGCUAAACUCAGCCGAAUUGAAAAGUGGGAAAACUUCAGCUCCUAAUUUGAUGACGGAAGCUGAAUUGAUUGCAUUAAUGGAUGCCAAUGGUAUUGGUACAGAUGCUACUAUUGCUGAACAUAUUGAUAAAAUUGCAAAUAGGCAAUACAUCACAAAAGUCACUAAACAAAGAAAAUCCUUCUUGGUGCCAACGACUUUGGGAAUGGGACUAGUGGAUGGAUUUGAAGAAUUGAAUCUCAAAAAUUCGUUAACAAAACCCUUUUUAAGGAAAAGUUUAGAAGAUGAGUUAAAACAAAUAUGUGAAGGUAGAAAACCGAAAGAAACUGUUGCACAUGAGAUGAUUGAGUUAUACAGGGAAUCUUUUGCACUUUCUGUUCAACAUCAAAAUGUCAUCUUAGAUGCCUAUCAACACAAUAGAAGAAAUCUUGGUCAAGAGGUUGUUUAA